AUGCGUGUUCUCACUUUUGGGUUUUUCUUGUCGAUUUUGUAUUUUCAGAUCUAUUGUGUCCAAUGUAAAAUCAAAACUGAAGAUGAGGAAUGUGAAAAAUACUGCAAAACACUCAAUGGUUUCAUUACGAAACAUUGUGGAAUUAUAUGCCUUACAUAUGGGUCAGCCGAAACUCGAUACUGUGUACUUGCUUGUUCAAUGAAAGCUCACAGUGUAAAUGCGUUCUACAAAUGCGUUGAUCCAUGCUACCAUGAACCAAAGUCAAACGCAACGUGCGAGGAAUACUGUCGUCAAUUUUACCAACCUCCUCAGUCAAAUAUAUGUCCUGAUGUUUGUCAUGAAAACUGGGAAAGCAACAUUCAUAGCUGUAAGACAUUUCAGAUUAUAUUAUAGCUCAGUAUCUGAUAAUAUUUGAGACGAAAUUAUUUGAACCACCACGUAUAUAUACAAGCUGACCGAUCAAUAAAUAUUUCUGAAUUUCUACCAAUGAGUACAGUGAUAUUGACAAUAAUAUUAGCUUUGGAUCCCUAAUUCACUAUAAAUUUCUUUUUCAGUAUUGUAAUAUUUCUAAAAGUCAUCAGUAAUUUAGAAUUUCAACCAGGUGGCCAUUGUAUACAUAUAGAUUCAUAUACGCUUCAUUUAAAGGUAUCUAUAGAAUGUUUUCGAGAACUGCAUCAUAACAUUACAGCAGAUCUUCCAUACUGCAGAAAACAAAGAAUGAAUGUCUCUUCGCUUUCAACUUAAAGGUAGACUUAUAUAAAGGUUAGUUCUGAUUUAGGGGAACUGUGAUAUUUCCUCUUCAUCAACGAAACAUUUAUUGGAUAAGGCGUAGAAUUUAACACAUUCAAGAUCAUGAGAACAGAUCAGUAAGACAUUCAAUUCACCAGUCACGUAGUUUUCUUGAGAAAUUUUAAAAGCAUAUCACGUGCAUAUCUAUCGCACAAUUCGAAAAUGGGGAUGACUUCUGUCAAGGAACACAACCCUAAGUUCCUAUGACUUGCAAACACGCUCCGAACCAAUAAUUACUAUGACUUUAUCGACUUUAACACCACAACACCAGCACUUUUAGAAAGUUGUAUUGUUUGGCAAUCAAAGUCAAGAUAAGUACAAGUCUAUAAAGAAAUGUUUAAAACUAAAUAUAAUGUACUUUUAUUCGUAUUCUUUCGUCUUCUUCCAACUAGUACACAAUUGAAUCAUUCGCACCUUCGAGUUGCCCGCCAAUGGCUACCAGUUUCAAUAAACAAACUUUCAAUGUUCGCGCACACUGAAAACCUCUGUAAAAAGAUGAUUCUAAAAUCUCCUCGAAUACAAGUGAAUCGAUUGCAGGCUUAACCAUCUUCAUCUGUUCUCAAAUAGGCAUUCAAUGUGAAUUUCACACUGGACGUACAACUGAACUUUCAACCAUUUUCGAUAUAAUUUCGUCUAAGAUGUGCAAUAUCUGCGUUUGUCAACAUCAUACAGUUAUGAUAAGCCUGAAAAAUCAAACCAUAGACUGACUAGAAAGCUAUUCGUAGUAAUAGUUAAAAAUAGAUAAGCGAAGACAUCUCUGUAUCUGAUCUUUUGAAUUUCAGGUUUAUUUCGAUGUGGAAUUAAAAGUAAGUGGAAUAUACGGCUUGAGUGUGCAGUUCCAAUUGCAUUGGUGUUAUUUUUAUUAGGCGGUUGGAUUGUUAGCCUCCCACCCAACCGGCUAGGGGAGAUGAAGGUGUGCGUCAAGUGGGAAUGGAACCCUGGACCACGUGGAUGGUUGACGAGCAUUCUGUCGUCGAUUCACUUACGCAAAAUGAAAAUCUUGCUGUUGUCUGCCUGUCAAUGAAGCCUAAUCAAUCCUUUGAUUGGACAAUAAGAAGAAACUAGUCCUUGGCGUUGGUGUAAACGGAAUUCUAUCAAGCUCAGAUAACCUUUUUAUCGUAUGUGUUCGAAGGUGUUAUCUUAGACAGAAGUCGGAAGCUGAGGAGUCACGAAAUGGGACGAAUCUCAUUUACAGUGCUUCCUGAUUUUGAUUGAUCUCUGAAACAAUUGUCGGUUCAUAACGAAAUCCGAUAACUGGAUUUCAAAGCUGGAAGCUAGUAAUUCGUGUCACGCUGUUUUGGUGAUGUGUUCCAACGGAAUAUGAUUCUCACAUAUUUUUGAAGUUCACUACUGCAUUAGCAAUAGGAUAUAAAGUAUAUUCGAAUAUUCUGCUUCAUGUCGUUUAAUUUGCACCAAAAUCACAAGCUCAGUGAUUGAUUGACGAAUAUAAACUGUAAAGAAAUAAACAGCAGUUUGAAUAAUGAAAAAUCACAUACCUUAGCUUCCAUCUCUUGUCUUCUGUUUUGUCAAAGCUAAUGAUGCAAUUUACAAAUGUUCUUGAUUUAAAGAGAUAUGAUAAAACCGUACGCUAGUCCAAAUACUUUUAAACAGAUUCAUGUAACUCCAUCAAGUAGAUACUCACAACUGUCACGUAGUCGUUCAUCUGGUUUGCAGAAUUUGAGGCAUAAUCACUUCUCAGUGGAUGACAAACUUGAAGCCAUAGUCAAGUUUUUGGUUGAAAGUUGUAGCGUGAUAUUAGGGAUAAUUUACGCAAGAUCACAAAUAUGUUACGACCUCUAUUUCUGUUUCAAAAUUUCAAUGUGAAGUUAUUCAACACUAGUGGGAAGCUGCUACCAGUAGGGUACACCAGGUUGAAGAUGAGGCAGUAACUCAUCUAAGAAGACAUUGCGAAUCGGUCGCGAUAUGUCGUGAAUCGGGCUGGGCAUUGGAUUGGGUCCCAGUGGCUCAAUGGUCUACGAGCUAGCUCGCCUUGUAACCAAGAGGCCCUGGUUUCAAACCGUGGUGAUAGGAGUGUACUGAUAAAGAGUUAAGAAGUAGGAUGGGACAGCUGGCAGUCUAGUACUCACGGGUGGUUUUCCGAUGGUUCUCUUAUCGUAGAACAUUAGCCACUGGGACACGAUCCAAUGGCCAGUGCAUGAGUUCUUACUUCUGCUGAUUCGCGUCACAGGGUGACCCGUAGCGAAUGUCUUCGGCAAGUAUUUGUCCUCACACCCGACUUGCUGCACCCUACUUGUUACGACUUCUCACUAGAACCCAGGUAACUACCUACCUGAAUAGGGCAAGUCGCUAGUGAGCAUCUCAUCGAUUGCUGUACAGGGCUUCCAGGUUUUUCAAUGGUUCUCUAACCAAUGUCAGCUCAUAAUGAAAUGCUGUAACCAAUCAAAUCCCUGCAAAACAACUCUUGAAUGCAAUGAUUAUACCUAGUUGGACUUUCCAACUAACUUUGAGGUUAUGAUGCGUUUUUCUCCAAAACCGAAUAUCAUUAUUUUGACAUUUGCAUAUCACAUGUUGAUCUGAUCUUUGUUUUUAUAUAAUCUCCAGUUUAAUCUUCCUCUUAGUGGUUUUUUCUGCACUGAUAAUGUGUAGUUCGAUGUCAUUUUGUUUGAGUGAAUGAAUGAAGGUGAUUCUGAUCUUCGACUAUCCACGAGAAGCGUUGAUAGACUAUUCUUGUGGAAAGAAGUUUCGAUCUCAAUUUGCUACAAAUAUUCUACUUCAUUCUAGAUACUCGUUUUGUACUUGAAAUGGGCUAUCUAAUGUCACUGUUAUAGUAGUUUUGAGUUUUGAUAUCAUUAUUGUUGAGCAGAAUUGCAAUUUGAUGGAAGAAUAGUUGUCUUGUUCCAGUCUGCAGAGCGUUUCGUUACUGCGCGUGUCUCAUAGAGAUUUUGAUCAGCUAUACGGUAGGACACAGAGACCGGUUUACCGCCCCCUGACAACAACCAGUCGACUUCGUUACCAACAUAAUAAUAAAUGCUUUUGAUGUCGCUAUGUUUUCUGGGCUGGGUAUUUAAUUUGCGAAGCUUUCAUUGCCCCACUACACAACAUAUUCACCGCAUAGUUCAAUUAUGAAAGUGAGCUUUCAGAUUUUUCCACGAUUUUAUUAGUCAUCUCUCUUGAUGGUUGACCCUAAACGUGAUUGGUUGUUUUUGUUUGUUCUCAUACAUUUUAGGCAACUUGUAUUGGAUCUAAUUGUUUCUUUACCUUGAACUUUGAGCCGGUGUAUAUGAGGUUUCCUUCUUAUCGGUAGGAUAAGAAAGAAACAAAUUGAAGUAUGCGCUGAAGAUGUUGCCUAGUAGGAUAAUGAAAGCUUCGCAAAUUAACUGUCCAGCUCAGAGAACACAACCACAUUAAAAUUAUCCACCUGAGUUACAAAUCGUCUCAAUUAUAUCUUAUAAUAGGUCUUUCAUUACGGGACACAAAAGUCGUAUUCAUCGCCAAAUAAUUACACCUUUAGUAAGCAUACUGCUACAUCAAUUGUCCAUUGAAGAAGUUCGUUAAUUUUUACAUGCGUGAGGCGAACUUAUAGCUGAAUGAUUCAUGACACACGCACACACAUUAUCUUCAUGAGUUCGAAAUAUUGUCAUAUGCCAGGUACACAGACAUUUCUGUCAUACCCUUCCACUGUCAAUGUAUCUGAAAAUAUAAACACCCCGAAAGUUGUGAAUUAUCCUAAUGCACUAAAUACGAAUCUUGUUUACAUUUACUGCAAAUACAAAUGCUACCUUUGCUGGAACCACAGAAAGUAGCUCUAACACCUGAAGACCUUAAAUUUAGAAGUAAAUGUAAGACAACAGACCAUUUGCUUUUUCGUCAAGUUUACACAUUUUUAUUCUUACUGGCUGUAAAGUUCACAUGCCAUAAACAUAUUUGUUUUGUUUCUUAGCGAAUGAUUUCGCAGAAUUUAAACAAUGUGAGUACUUGAAAAUUAUCAUAGAGGUUGCGUUACACUUUAGCUAUCUGAAAUUCCAUGCACCAAAUAAUUCGCUAAUAGAGAAGAGGAGAUUUUAACUUUCCGUCCUUCAUAAUUACUGGUAUGGCUCAGUGUACUUGUUGGCCAAUCUUGAAGGAAUAUUUGGGCUACAAAGAAAAAGAUUUGUUUGUGGUUAAAACUAUAACAGAGACAGUCUAAUGUUGAAUGUUGUGAAUAAUUAAUCGAAAUUCUAUUUACAC